GACAUUCCUCGCGAUGAAAGGAAGAGGCAGUAUGCUGCCCUGAGACGGGCCAUCCUCAAGAAUGCCAACCCUGCCCUCUCCGCCAAGUUUUCAUUGUGUGAUGAUGAAUCGAGAUUUGGGAUGCUCAAGUCGUUCUUGGUGAAUCAAGGGGUGGGCUCCAUCGAAGUGGAGGAAAAGUACAGCAGAUGGGUAACCGAGCUGCGGACUGACCGCUACGUUACAAUUUUCCAAUUGGAGAAGAUCUAUGGCAAAGGUGCAGAGGCCAAGGCUUUCAUUGAAGCCCUGAUCAAGGGGCAGGUGGGAACCCCGCACCCGCAGGUGCCAGACAGCCCCAAGGCUAAGAUGUACAAGGUCUUGAGGGAAGUGGUGCAAGAGCACACGACUGGUUCCAAGGCUGCAACUAAGUUGAAGCUUGGAGGGCGAGUGAACGAAGCUUCGGCGAAAAAAAUCCUCGCAAAGCAACUCGGUGAGUUUGCCAACAACUUGGAAAGCGCUGGCUUCCUGGAUCUUAAGACCGGGCGAAUCUCUGGAAAGACACUUUGCAGACGAUCGUCAUUCUCACCUGUGCAAGUGAAUGACCCAGUGCUGCUCAGUCACUAUACCACAUUUAAGGAAAGCCAAGAAGCCCCUGACCGCGGAGAAGCAAGCCGAGAAGGAUCUGAAGAGUGUUACCACAAAGUGCCCCGGCUGCAAGCUAGGUGUUCGAUUCUCGAGUAUUGCGGAAACCCAUAUCGCUUAGUUCUAUUUUUGCCACGGAAGGAUGCAGAUGUUCUAUAUACCAUAUUAAUUAGAAAAGAAUAUAUAACUAUAACCUAUAUAUAUAUAUAUAUAUUCUAUAUAAUAGGGAACAUAUAUAUAUAUAUAGAGAGAGAUCGAGAGAGGGUUUUUCAUUGUUUUUAG